CAUAUCUCAAUACAUAAUCAUUACUUCAUCAUUGUCCAAUCUAUCAAGGUAUUUGAAGAAGGAAUUGCUCUCCAAAUUUCAGCCUAUUUUCAGGAAUUUCAAAUGGACCAAAACAUUCCGUGCCCACCGCCUGUUAACCGUUCACUACUCACGUUGCCACUCCGUGCCCAUCGUGCUGACCGUGUAUGGUAUGAACCCGAUUACAUAGACUCGUGUUUAAAAUGCGUGAAUUGCCCUUCAGCUGCAUUCCAAGACGAGGAGCGAGAUGAAAGGGUAGUAAACACGUUAGCUUAUGCUGGGUUCUUGGGGGUAGAGCACAUUGCGCGCAUGAAGUUAGAUCAUAGUUUAAUAAGUGCUUUGGUGGAGAGAUGGAGGCCGGAGACACAUACUUUCCAUCUUCCAUUCGGUGAGGUUGGCAUUAGUCUUCAAGACGUGGCGAUGAUUCUUGGUUUACCCAUUCGAGGUAUGCCCCUUAGUGGUCCUACCAUUAGGGAUAAGGCCGAGUGGAUGAACCUGUGCACGCAGUCAUGUGGUUUCACUCCUGUAGCUUCUGAUAUCCGCACGAGUGAUAUCAUGAUGAGUGCUAUUACUCGUCUCCCGAUUGUGCCCUAUAGUACAGACGAAGAGGUUGAGCAGCACACCAGGAGCCUAAUAUGGCAAUUGCUUGGAGGGUUCUUGUUCCCUGACACGAGUGCGACAAGAAUACGAUUGUAUUUUUUGGAAGUCUUACAGGGUGACUUGGCUUUAACCCGUCGAUGGAGUUGGGGAUCGGCAGUUCUCGGGCACCUAUAUCAUAACUUGUGUAACGGCGCCAAGUGGGGAACCAAACAAGUUGGCGGCUGUAUGCACUUGUUACAGAUUUGGGCUUGGUCGAGGAUUUCGAUGCUUCGUCCCUCGGUACUUCAGGUCAUUCAACAUGAUCAUCUUCCAUAUGGGUGCAGGUGGAUCGUCCCUAAAUCUUAUAAGGGAUCUCCUAGACAUUGCAUACGCUUGUACCGGGACUCACUAGACCGCAUGAGUGAGAGUCAGUUUGAUUUCGUUCCCUACGCGUCCGAGACACUCUCACCUAUCAUUCUUCAUGAAGCUCCGAUAUGGUCGGCUAGGGUCAUGCUCAUAUUUUGCAAUAUGGCCGAAAUGCAUUACCCCGAUCGAUUUCUUCGGCAGUUCCAUAUAAGGCAAGACAUUCCGGAUGCUCCUUUGGCAGGUAGUGAUCAUCACGGGAAUCGCUCCAACAUAGCAACCGGUGCCUUGGCGAUGUGGGCGAACAUACAAGAUCACAUAUAUUUUCUCGAUUAUGAUCAACAGAUGUUCGUCGAAGCCACUAAUAGGUACAAAAAAUGGUACAAGAAGUAUGGUAUGACACGUGUGCAGAACCCUUCUCACAUUGUGCCCACGACAGGCUACACCCCGACAGCACACCAGUGGGGUAUUGUGCAACAAGGCAUUUACGAGUUGUAUCAGCUCAGCAUCAACGACGCCAGUAAUGACGACAUUCAAAAACGAAUACGGAAACUGGCCGUGGACGCAGGUGAUGAAGACAUGAUCCACCGGGGCAUGUUCCAUUAUGAAGAUGAAGGUGGAAGUCACGAAGAGGAUGAUGCACAUGAACAUGAAGGUGGUCGUGAGGAGUCAUCAUCGCAUGGUGUGUCAUUUGAUCAACCACCACCUCAAUUCUCAACGCAUCAAUCCCUCACAUUCAAUCAACCACCGCCGUAUUAUGAAUCUUAUCAGUUCACUAGGCAACCCGAUGAUUUUGUUGACUCAUUUCUGAGUUCGUCAUAUUUGUAUGGAGACCCAACGGUGCCUUGGAACAGUGGCGGUGGAGACGGAGCAGGGCCGAGCACACAACAUUAGCUGUAGUAUUAUAUUUAAUGUUAUAUGUACUCUCUAUUCAUUAAUGAAUUACAUUGAAAAGUACAUUCUUUUUGUUCACUUCCUUUAAAAUUACUAAAAUUGCC